GACGAGAACAGCUGUGUUCCUACUGACGGUUGGAGGGAGAGCGGGGAAAAGAGAGCGAACGGUCACCAUCCUCUCCAGAUGAGAGCCGCCGGACAGCAGUAACCUGUCCUGGUGAAGAUGGCCUCCUGUCUCCUGGAGUGCCUCUGCGAGGCUGACCUGGAGCAGUAUUAUCCGCACUUUGUUGCCCAUGGACUCCAGAAGAUUGAGGAGCUGGCAAAGGUGACCAUGAGGGAUUACUCCAAGCUGGGCGUUCACAGCAUGGAGGACCGCAAACGCCUCUUCCAGCUGAUAAAAAUCAUUCAGAGUGUGGCAGCUGAGGAAAGCAAUGACGGCCAAACCCCUCCGCUGCAGCCCGGCUGCGUCUACCUUCAGCCUCCUGGUAACAGAUCGGCCACCCGGAGACAGCUGCAAUUUGACAUCUCCUUCGAGACAGACAGAAACGUGUUCCCCUCCUCUCACCAUGUUACUGGAUUAUGUGAACCAGUGCCACCUGCCGACCAGAAAACCUGCACAAUGAAGGGAGAGGAGAGUCCCAACUCAUCCGCCGAGGGGUCCUGCCUUAAAGCGCUGGGGGGCGCAACAGCGGGCUCCACAGAUAGCGAGGGCCCCAUCGUACACAGAGUGAUGCACCUGUCCGGGUACAACUAUGGAGUGCCACAGACCUACGUACGGCCCAGCUGCACAGAGAAGGAUGGAACCUGGACCGACAGCGAUAAAAUCAGAGUGUGUGUCCGCAAACGUCCUCUGGGUUUGAGGGAAGAGAGACGCGGGGAAGUCAGUGUGGUGACUGUAGAAGACAAGGAGACCAUUGCAAUUUAUGAGAAGAAAGAAGCUGUUAAUCUGAAGGAAUAUAUUCUGCAGCACGUAUUUUAUUUUGAUGAAGUGUUUAGUGAGACGUUCACCAAUCAGGAUGUGUACAUGAGGACCGCUCACCCGCUCAUCCGGCAUGUGUUUAAUGGGGGAAAUGCCACGUGUUUUGCUUAUGGUCAGACAGGAGCUGGUAAAACCUACACCAUGAUUGGCACCCCGAAGAACCCUGGACUCUACGCCUUAGCCGCUAAAGACAUCUUCCAGCAACUGGAGACUAAUCAACAGAAAAAAGACCAUUCUGUUUGGAUCAGUUUUUAUGAGAUCUACUGUGGGCAGCUGUAUGACCUGCUAAAUGGACGGAAAAGACUCUACGCUAGAGAAGACGGGAAGCACGUUGUGCAGGUCGUGGGACUGCGAGAGGUUCAAGUUAAGAGUGUCGAUUUCCUGCUUGAGGUGAUUUUGAAGGGCAGCCGAGAACGCAGCACUGGGGCCACAGGGGUGAAUUCUGACUCUUCGCGCUCACAUGCUGUCAUUCAGAUCCAGAUCAAAGAUGUUGGGAACCGCAAACUUGGCAGAAUGUCCUUCAUUGAUUUAGCUGGAAGUGAAAGAGCAUCCGAUGCACGCGAGUCAGAUAAGCAAACCAAAAUGGAAGGAGCGGAAAUUAACCAGAGCCUCUUAGCACUGAAAGAAUGUAUACGUGCGCUGGAUCAGGAGCAGGCCCAUACACCUUUCAGACAGAGCAAACUGACCCAGGUGCUGAAAGAUUCCUUUAUUGGAAACUCCAAGACCUGCAUGAUUGCCAACAUAUCUCCUAGUCACAUCGCUACCGAGCAUACACUGAACACUCUGCGCUAUGCCGAUAGAGUAAAGGAGCUGAAAAAAGGAAUGAAGUGCACUACCUCCUGCAACGGUCGGGGCAGGUCUGCCCCAUGUUUGUCUCCAAAACGAGGUCAGAAUUCUCCGUCUGUCUUGGGAGAAAAAAUAUCUCCAAAGAAAGUAAAACUCGGGCUGUCAAGCUCCUCCUCUACUAUCGUUAAGCACAAGUCAUGUCCAUCGGUUUUCCAUCCAACCAAUGUUCCCUUGUCAUCCACUCCAAAAAUCUGCACUAAGCCAAAUACAGGGGGUAGAGGUUGUCCAACCCAAGCUUGGCUAACCCAUACUACCCCAGUCAAGGGCACAAUGAAGACAGGCAAAAAGAAGAGUGAGAGCCAUGAUAAGAUCCCUACCCCUAGAAAUCCUCACAGCGUUAAGGCAGACAUGGGCAUUGAACCCAAAGAAGAUCGCAGUCGCCAGCCUCUGCAGAGAGUACAAGCUGUGCAGCCGGUACAGAAGCAAAUUGUUUCCAGAGGUGGGAUGUUUACAGAUAUAACGGCAAAAAUGUGGGAUGCUCAGGACGAUCCCACUUGCAGAAAGACAGGUGGUGAAAAUAGGGGUCUUCCAGAGCAGAAAGAAAGGGAGGAACACUUAAGAUACUAUCACCAGCAGAUUCAGCACCCUCCCAUUCUUCUUCAGAAACUUCACUAUCAACCACUUGAAAAGAUUUUGGACCAGUAUAAGCCCCAGGAGGUCACAGUGGGUCAUGUCAGGAGUGCUGCAUCACAACGUGAAGAAACUCCAGUAGAAGAUCCCGAUGACAGUGACUUUAGUGAAGACUCCUUUUCAUUUACUUCCAACCAGAAGAAAGGAAGAAAAGAAGAGAUGGUCCGAGAAAGGCUUUCCUUUUUUCUCCAUCAGGGUACACCAAGUUUAGAGGUCAGAAAAGUUUCAGGGAUAGGGCAGGGACUCCACUAUCAUUUGUCAGAAUCGAAGGAGAACAAAAGCAUGAUAACCAGUAAAUGUGGUUGUGGACUGUCAGACAGAAAGAGAGCGGAAAAUGGUGAUCACACCAUGUGGAGUUCAGAAGAAGAAUCCACCAGUUCUCUUGACAAUACUGGCCGUACUCCAGAAAAGCCAUAUUCUUCUCAGGAAGACCUAGAAAACGAAAAAAAGACAAUAAAGAACUCGCCUUUGUCUCGCAAAUCAAGUACCGAGUUUAAUCCGUUACAAGAAAGGUGUAAUCAAACAGUGUCUUUAAAUGGCUCUCCGAUAACAGGACCCAAAUUCCCUGAAGGAAGAAGUCCAGCCGCAAAUACCUCGUGUGAAACGGCAAUGAUGGCUCCCCUCACUGUGUCCCUGUUAAAGGAUAACUGGUCAUUGGAUUCAACAUAUAACGUUGAGCCUCAUGAUCUGUCGGGAGUUGGCGAUGGAUCAAGUAGUGCAAUUUCAGAUAAAGCCAUGGUUGUUGAAUCUCACACGGAGGAUCAGUCUGUUGAGAAGAACCUAUCAGAUCUUGUUAAGAAAAUGCUUCGUUAUAACGAGAGCUUGCAUAUUGAGAACUCCCAGUGUAGAGGCAAGAACUGGUUCCCAGACAGCAGCUUUGAACCAAAGUCUAGUUCUGCUGAUUCUCCACAGUUCCUGAUACAGUCAGAUUUGGCUGAAAAAAACUCUCCUAGACUAGGACAAUCACCGGCCUCUGGGAAAAAUGACUUCUACAUUAGCGAUUCUUUUUUAGAUUUUUCUCAACCUAAAUGUAGGGAUCAGACUAGUCAUUUUUAUGAUGCAGAUACUGAGGACAGUAGUGGAAAUGUCAAAACUCAUGGAAUAGUUAUGCCAUCACUGGUAUUUGGUAGGAAACAAUUAAAAGAAGCUGCCAAAGACCACAGUAAGCACUCAAACACCUCGCCAACCAAUGUCAGCGCUGAUCCUCUUUAUUCCAGUGGGGUGGACUCUGAUUCCUUCAAGCUGCCGUUAAGUGACAAUGAACUGGAACAUCUUAAAAAUAGACUUAUGGAAUAUAUAUUUACCCACUGUGGUGCCAAAGAGAAACAGACACCAAAAUGUGUCCUCAUCAGAGAGGAUCAAACUCCGAGAAAAACACCAGCCUCAAGUGGCCUGUUACAGUCGCCCUGUGUGUCAAGUCAAGAAGCGAAGAUGCUUGAAAAGGCUCAACAGGUUGUCAUUCAAGCACACUGCAAACAGCUAAAUGAGAUGUCUGCUUUGAGCUCACAGGAGGAAAUGCUUCUGAAUCACACGUCCAGCUCAGAUUUUCAAGAAUAUGUGAAGAAGCUUGAUGAAAUCCUGACCCUCAAGUGUAAACAAAUCGAGAACCUGAGAGCUCAGCUGCAGAAGUUCCUGGAUCAGAAACCCACAGAAUUUAUGGCGCUGGACGACUGUGUCUGCUGCUCUUAACCUGCUACUGACACGUCAGCUGAGGGCGGUAAAACAGAAACCUGCACCCUGGCCACGGUCCAGUCCUGCACACACAGGAACAGCCCAAAAUGUAUUUCCAUCGAUGGAAAAGUUUUAUGGGAUUUUCUGCAUUGCUGCAGGAAUUUUGAUUCUAAGCAUCAUCUGAGUGCUGCUGGUUAAUCCAACAAUAAAGCAACAUUUUUAGCGUACAGCCACAUGUUCAGGUUUUUUAUAUGUAGUUUUUAAAAUCAAAUGGAUCAUAAGAGAAAGAUUUGUACCUAUGACACCGGCUGACCUGUUACAUGUGCGCUUGGCAGCUUAAGUCAUCUGUGUUGGUCCCAUGUUCAUAUGUGUCCGCAUUGCUGAGA